ACAACCGUCCACACACUCACCCCCUCUCCACCCCCUCCUCCCGACCGGUUGGAUCUGCAGUGGCAGCAGCAUCGAGCAGCAGCAGUAGCACCCCAAGCGAGAAAGCGGUUCGGUUCACACAUCACAUGUCUCCACCGUCCGAUGGCCAACCGCCUCGAGACCCCCGACCUCCCCAGAUCGCAAUACCUUCGAGAGAAUUAACGGUUCCCCACCAGCGACAGAGGGCCGGCUCUCAACCCGGCAAUCGCUCACCGGUUGCGCCCCCUUCACCUGGACUCGCGCCCGUUGGGGGAUUGGCCGUUGGAAGCGGGGGUGCUGGGGUUUCUCCUGUCCGGCGAAGUGCGAGCGGGGCUGCACCCUCCACGAAGCACACGCGAACCUGUCAGAAAUGCCAGAAUCCUCUCACCGGCCAGUUUGUGAGGGCCAUCGGAGGCACCUUUCAUCUGGAUUGCUUCAAAUGCAUGGAUUGCGGCGCGGUAGUGGCUUCCAAGUUCUUCCCCGUGGACGAUGACAACGGCCCCGGCCAAUAUCCAUUGUGCGAGAAGGAUUACUUUCGACGACUGGACCUGUUAUGCCACGAGUGUGGGGAGGCGCUUCGUGGUUCCUACAUCACGGCGCUCGAACGCAAAUACCACAUCGAGCACUUCACCUGCUGUGUCUGUCCGACGGUGUUUGGCCCUCAAGAUUCGUACUACGAGCACGGAAGCAAGGUUUACUGUCACUAUCACUACUCGACACAAUUCGCCGCGAAAUGCAACGGUUGCCAGACGGCCAUUUUGAAACAAUUCGUCGAGAUAUUCAGGAAUGGGCAAAACCAGCAUUGGCACCCCGAAUGCUAUAUGAUCCACAAGUUUUGGAACGUACGGCUUGCCCCGCCCGCAGCUAUCGAUGCACAGCCCGAGGAAAUCGUGGACGCACCCUCGGAUAGCCGGAGGUCUAUGGUAAGGGAAGCAGAGGAGAAGAUGGAACAGAAAGUUUUCCGGAUCUGGAGUGUUCUGUCGGCCUUCGAGGAGUCGUCCGCAGCGUGUAUCAGCGAUAUGCUGCUGCACGUUUCGAACGGCGCCUACAUUGAUGGUGUCUUCGUUGCCGAGCGAUUCAUAUGGCAUGUGGAAAUAUUAUUCGGCUGUACAGAUAAUUUGGAUAUUCGAUUGGCAAAAGUGGCGCCCAAGGGACUAUCAUACGCACGCGAAGCCAAAUUCCUCUGCAAGAAGAUUGUUGCUUUUUUUAGCUUGCUUUCGAAGACCCAGGAAACCGGAGUCCGAAAGCUUGGUGUCACUCAAGAGUUACUGUCCCUCGUAACCGGUCUCGCCCAUUACCUGAAGCUUCUGAUCCGCAUAAGUCUCCAGGGUGCCCUACGAUUGGAGCGCGAACAUAACAACGCAGAGGCACUUGAGCUGUUUCUGGAGGAGCUUUCCAACCUUGAAGCCACCAGGGACACCAAGCAGUCGCUCGAAUCUACCGCAGGACUAUCCCAAAAUUUGGCCGAUUCGCACUCCGAUCUAUGUAUCAGAUGUCGGUCAACGAUUGAGGACGAGUGCGUGAAGUUUGAAGAGAAGAGAUGGCAUCUAGCUUGCUUGACUUGUCAGACCUGCAAUCGAGAGCUGAAAGGCGCUCUCGGCGAUGCGUUGUGGACUUCUCAAGAACGUGGCCGCGUGGUCUGCCGCAAUUGUGCCCCACGGUACCCCGAUGCUAAGGAUGGAUUCCAUCAUGUAACACGGUUAAAGCAAUACAUAUUCCUUCUUCGGGUUGCGCUUGCUCGACUGCUGGUGAUGCUGCGUCAAGGCGGUACACUUCCUCACACAUCCGAUGACCCUAACCUUCGAGACUAUGAUUCGACCGGAGGACACGGGAUGGCCAUGGAACCGCCGUUGCUUCGCUCGGAAUCCCGGUCCAAGUCGUAUGGCGGGGAGCAGGCGGAAGCGUACACCAACACUGUGAACGACAUUCGGCGGCUCAGGUCCACACGGUUAGACAAGCAGCUGGGAGGAAGCUCGGCUCGGAAGGCCCGGCAGUCUAGGAUAAUAGAGGCGCCCCAGGCAGACAGCGUACGACCGGGUUCUGCUGAAGGGCAACCACGGGAUAAGCGCCGGGAAACAGGCCAGUUCAGAAUCGUGGAAGACAAUUUCGGAGGGGACCAUGUCGUUGAACGUGCUUUUGGUGACGAGAAGGCGCUCACUUUGGAUGACAUUCCUCGGAUAGUGGCCGCAGAACAGGCUAGGGAACAGCGACCAAAUGCCUUCAAACACCAGAGGCCGAAUAAUUACUCGGGCUCCUCGUCAACCCAACCGCGCCUGGUAAACGGCCAUCAAAGGGAUCUCUCCUCGCCCCAGCCAAUAAGAGAACCUGCGCCUGUGGAAAUCCCCCAGCCACGAAAGCGGUACUUCUCCGAAUUGACAGCGCUUGACUCGUUCAUCGUCCGACAUCUUGCCGUGUUGAACAUGGAGCCUUUGGUUCAGGGACACUUCAAUCUGGAGGAACUGUUGGGGCUGAUCGAGACCAACAAGAAGACAUUCUGGGGAAAGUUCGGUAAGGCGUUUCAGCCAAAUGAUAAGAAGAAAGGCGCCAAAAAAAAAGGUGUUUUUGGUAUACCGCUGGAAGUCAUGAUCGAGCGAGACGGCGCCGAAUCGGGACUGGGAGUCGGACCAGGCAACUUACGAAUCCCCCAGAUAGUCGACGAUGCGAUCGCUGCAAUGCGCCAGAUGGAUAUGUCCGUAGAGGGCGUUUUCCGCAAGAACGGCAACAUUCGGCGCCUCAACACUCUCGCGGAAGCAUUAGACAGGGGUGAUAGUCAGGUGGAUCUAACGGCUGAAAAUGCCGUUCAGAUUGCUGCCCUGCUGAAGAAGUUCCUUCGCGAGCUUCCUGACCCCUUACUGACUUUCAAGCUCCAUCGCUUGUUCGUGAUGUCGCAGAAAGCACCCGACGAGGUGACGAAACGCCGGAUACUCCAUCUGACGUGUUGUCUGCUACCGAAGUGUCACAGAGAUUGUAUGGAGAUCUUGUUCUCGUUCCUCAAUUGGACAGCAUCUUUCGCACAUAUCGAGGAGGAAUCCGGCGAAGAAACCGGAAGCAAGAUGGAUGUGCACAACCUGUCCACAGUCAUCACACCGAACAUCCUGUACUCGAAGAACAAGGACGCCGGAAUGGAUGACAGCUUCUUGGCCAUCGAAGCUGUACACACUUUGAUUGAGUACAACGAGGCCAUGUGCGAGGUCCCAGAAGACUUGCUGUCGAUCCUGAAUGAUCCCAAUCUGUUCGCCAAUGGAGCAGAUGUGACCACGAAAGACAUCUUGAAGCGGUACGGUGACAUUGCCAACAGGCCGUCGCCGAAGCACAUGAUCAUCCAGAAUUCGCCUCCGCGGUCAAGAGAGGGCAACCGACCGCCAUCUACCCCCGUCUUCCACCGAGUCGAUUCCGACUUGACCCAGAGUGUGGCAUGGCAAAGAGAAUCCUCGGCGCGGCCAUUAGGUGUUCCCGCCACAACCGCUCUACCCCUGCCCCAACCUCUACCCCUGCCUCAGCCGCAACCCCAGCCCCUGCCUCAGCCGCAGCCCCAGCUCCAGCCUCAACCGCAACCUCAGCCAAACCCACACGGCCAACGGCAGGUCAGCGGCGGUGGUGUUGCGUUGAACGGCGGCCCAAGUGACCAGAAUGGCCAUGGAGACCACCACAAUGGCCAAGGUGGACCGCAGGAUGAGCCGUACCGCAACCGAGCAGCAAGGCAGCCCAGCCAGUCAAAUCAGCCAGUAGGUGCAGGUUAAUUGAAAGACUCGGAAGGCGGAUAAUAGUUACUUGGGGAAGGAUGUUCUGAUUUUCUUAAUGAGCUGUUUUAAUCCUGUGUCUUAUAUUGCGAGACAUCAUCACAU